GCUGCUGCUGCUGCUGUCGCCUGAACCCCAACCGCCACGCCUGCAGGGCUUUGACUUGACUUUGUUAUCGUCUUAUACAGCGCGUUGGAGCGUGGCGAAACGUGUAAGUCGGCUCGGGGAGGGCUGAGUCCCGGGCACCUUCACGUGACAAGUCUUCUCGAGAAGUCCGAGCCAAAGCAGCCUCCGAUGUCGAGCCUGGAGAAGGUCAGCCCAAACAGACACGGGUCCCGGCCACACGCGGCCACGCAGCUGCCACCUCUCGGCCUGCCGCAGAUCGAGUGGCACGAGAGGCCGCGGAUCCUGCAGCGUGGAUCCUGGACUCUGGCCGUUCCUUCCAAGGAGGAGCAGUUCUUCCGCAGCGUCAGCGACUCCAUCGGCAACAACUACAGCCCGACUGCCCGCGACCUCUCCACGCAUGGCAUCUACAAGCUGCUGAAUACACCAGAGCCGGCGGCGCUGAGGAGGAGCGGGGAGCCGGGCGAGCGCUCGCGCCUGCCGCUCCGUGGCAGGGCGCCGGGCGGCGCGGGUCUGUCCGAGCGAGCACGCGGAACCGGCCGGCGAUCCGGGGCCCUCCCGAGCCUCUCCCUGGGGUCCAGCGACGCCGCCACGCAGGGCUCCUCGGGGGAGCCGGACCUCCGCUCCGACGGAGAGAGUGGGGCCUGGGGUCGCGGGGUUGGACGACCCCACACGGACGCGGCACAAGCGGCGAGCGGUCAGCGGCGUGGACCACAGCAGCUUGACGGAGGCACGUGGCAGAUGCAGGCCCACCACCCUGGCCUGCCGGCGCUGGAUAAGCGGUCUCUCUUGGGAGCUUGGGGCGGCGACGGCGGCGGUGGCGACGGCGGCAUGGUUAUCGCUCGCGGACACUCGCUCCCGUCCCCGGAGAGCCCGCGUCUCGACAGCUGCGCCGGCCGCUCCCAGGGACGCGCGGGACUCCCGCUGGCUGCGCCGAGCGAUGGUGCUCGCCCCUGGCAAGGCUGCGUGGAGGAGGAGGAGGAGGACGGAGGCCCUCGUCACGACCAGGCGACGGUGGCAGCUCUCUCCGUUGCCUUCCCGCCGGCGGCGUUCUCCACACGUGGUCUCUCGCGGCCCAGCACCCCGCCCUCCCCACUCCUGUGCAGAUAUCAUGGCUUGAUCGAGACGGCCAUAGAUCAGCAAAUGCUGUCCCCGCUGUGCCCGGAGUGGAUGAAAGGCUCGCUGUCCCUCCUUCCCGUUCCACUGAUGCUCUGCUGGAAGGACAAACUGCACGACUUGACAAAGGAGGUGAGCGACGAGUACGAGCGCGCGACGAAGAAGGCCGUCCUCGACUACGUCCUGCUGGACCGGCGCGAGCAGGCUCGCCUCGGCCUCGCGGCGCUGCCCCCAAAGCCGUCCAACUCGGCUGGCAGAGAGCGCUUCCCGUGGCACGACGCCGUGGGCCGGGCACGCGACGCGCUGAGCGGCCGCCUCUACGCCACGCACCCCGUCGUGACGGCCGUCCUCGACAACUUCCAGCGCAGGUACGCCGGGUUCCGGCUGGUAGACGUGCCCGCGCUGCGGAACUCGAUGCCGCUGACGCUACCGGCGCUGGAGGAGCACGUGCGCCGCUGCAGCCGGGAGAGAGCGGACGCCCUGUGCUGCUCGUGGCUCGUGGAGAGCCGCGACAGCGUGAGCCGAACCCGCGAUGCCGUCGAGGCCUGGAUGCCGCAGGACGACGAGGUGCUGAGGACGAAGAGGAUGGACCACCUCUUCGGCAGCGUCGCGACGCUCAUGUCCAACCUGCUGCGCUCCAUCGUCGCCGAGUCGCUCUGCGAUCUGGUGGCCGUGUUCGAGGAGCUGUCGCCCGGCAACGACUACAGCGGGGAGUACCCGCGCGGCGAGCUGGGCCUGCCCACCAAGCCGCUUCCCAUCAUUCUGUUCAUGGAGCCGGUGGAAGCGGAGGGCCCGUUGGCAUUGGGGGGCUCAGCAGCUGGCGAGGGCCCCCCCCUGCCGGGGGUGACGUUCGGCCCGUCGCUGGCCGAGGUGGCGGCCACCCUGGAUCGCUUGGUGGAGCACGUCGUGACGAGCGUGCAGGCCAUGCCGCGUCUCGAGCACCAGCUCUUCCAGGCCACGGACGCGCAGGAGGUGAAAUUCAUCGGCGCCGUUCAGAUUCACGAUGAAAUUGUCGUCAGGGCCAAAGCACGAAUCCGAGUUGUUCUGGAAAACAACAGCCCCGGGCCCUCACGGUACCGCUCCGUGUACGGCCACUUCGCAUACCUGCUGAACGGCGGCGCGGGGGCCCGGGCUCAGGCCCUCACGAGCCGCGAGCCGCCCAACCUGGUCGCGUCGGCGCGCGAGAUCCAGCGCCUGCGGGCGCUGGCGGGCGCCGCCUCGUCGCUGCCCACCGCCGUGCCCCUGCGCCUCUUCCUGCUCGACUGCUCCACGCUCAACCAGUGGCUGACGGAGCGCGCGCGGAAGCUGGCCGCGGUCAUCGGUGGCCACGCGGCCUCCGCCUCGGAGAGGUUCAACCGCGAGGUGUGCGCGCGGUACGAGGCGGUGGUGGAACGUGCCACGGGCCUGGCGGAGAGCACCUACGGCCUGGUGCAGCUGCAGGAGUACGUGGACAGCCUGCACACGGGCGAGCUGCAGGAUCUCAAGGAGAGGUUAGAGACCGCAGCUGACAACCUCCUUUUCUUGAUGGACUACACGUUCCUGUCAAAAGAGGACCUCAUCCUGAAUGGGAAUACCUUCUCGUGGCCCGUGCGAAUCCUGCCAAUUAUUCGCAACAGCGAGCUGCGGCUGCAGAAGCAGCACGAUGCGGCGGUGUCGGGGCUGGCGCAGCGGCGAGCGGAGCUGGAGCGGCGCGUCGCCGCCGUGGCGAGCGCCGUGCGGGACUUCGCGCGCAGGGACCGCCUCGCCGAAGCCGCCGCGCACCUCGCCCGGCUCGACGACGUGGGGCGCCAGGUCCGGGCGCUGCUGGAGGAGAAAUCGCUGAUCAACCGCGAGGAGGAGCUGCUGGGCACGGGCACUGGGAGCUCCUACCCGCAGAUCCUGGAGCUGGAGCAGGCGAAGGAGCCCUACGAGCGGCUGUGGCGCGCCGCCGUGGCCCUGCAGAGCCUCGCCGACGGCUGCCUCGGCGGCCCCAUCCACCUCGUCAACGCCGAGCAGGUGGCCGACGAGGUGCAGACGCUGUGGAAGACGAGCUACAGGCUCACGAAGGUGUUCAACCACCCCGAGAUGCACGGCCCCAUGCGAGUGGCCACCGCCAUCAAGGCGAGGCUGGAGAAGUUCAAGAUCAACAUGCCCCUCAUCACCGUCCUGUGCACGCCUGGCAUCAAGGAGCGCCACUGGGAGAUGAUGAGCGUCAAGGCAGGUGUGCCUCUGCCGGCGCGCGAGGAGACCUGCCUGCAGGAGGUGCUCUCCCUGGGCCUGGAGCGGCAGCUGGAGGCCCUGGCCUCCGUCAGCAACCUGGCGAGGAAGGAGCACACGCUGGAGGAGGCCCUCGCCAAGAUGGGCCGCGACUGGGAGCCCGUGCGCCUCACCCUGGUCCCCUACAAGGACACGGGCACCACCAUCCUCGCCUCCGUCGACGACGUACAGGUGUUGCUGGAUGAUCACAUGGUGAAGACGACGACAAUCAAAGGAUCCCCGUUCAUCGCUCCAUUUGAGAAGGAACUGACAGCAUGGGAGGCCAAGUUGCGGCUGCUGAAUGACAUCCUGGAGUCCUGGCUGAGGGUGCAGGCGGCCUGGCUCUACCUGGAGCCCAUAUUCGGCUCGGCCGACAUUCGCAGUCAAAUCCCCGUCGAGGGCAAGAUGUUCGAGACGGUCGACGCCAACUGGCAGAACAUCAUGGGGCUUGCCAAGGCGGAUACGAGGGUCAUGGCUGUGGUGGCUCAGGAAGGGGUUCUGGACAAGCUGAGGGAGGCCGAGUCUCUGCUGGAGGACAUACAGAAGGGCCUCAACCACUACCUAGAGACCAAGCGACUCUUCUUUCCCAGGUUCUUUUUCCUGUCCAACGACGAGCUGCUGGAGAUCCUCUCGGAGACGAGGGAGCCCCAGCGCGUGCAGCCUCACCUCAAGAAGUGCUUCGAGGGCAUCGCGUGUCUCACCUUCAACGUCGACAAGGAGAUCACGCACAUGGAGUCGGCCGAGGGCGAGAGGGUGGCGCUGGUGGAGAGGAUCGUCCCUGCGGAUGCGCGGGGUCUGGUUGAGAAGUGGCUCCUCCAGGUGGAGCGGGCCAUGAAGGCCUCGCUGCAGGAGGUGAUGGCCCAGGCAGUGGCCGCGUAUCCCGUGUCUCCACGAGCCCAGUGGGUGCUGAGCUGGCCUGGCCAGGUGGUGCUGGCGGGAAGCUGCAUCCACUGGACCUCCGAUGUCUCCGAGGCCAUGGAGCGGCCCGGGGGCCUGCUCGCCUAUCUGGAGCAGAGCGGCAAGCAAAUCGAGGAGGUGGUGGGGAUGGUGCGUGGGAAGCUCUCGAAGAUGGCUCGCAUCACGCUGGGAGCUCUGAUCACCAUCGACGUGCACGCUCGGGACGUGGUGGCGAGGCUGGCCGAGGGCGGUGUGAGCGGCAUCACCGAGUUCCCGUGGAUCGCUCAGCUGCGCUAUUACUGGGAGGUGGGGGGCGCGCGCGUGUGCAUGGUGACCACCGGCGUGCCCUACGGAUACGAGUACCUGGGCAACACGGGCCGCCUCGUCAUCACCCCACUCACGGACCGCUGCUACCGGACACUCAUGGGAGCCUUGCUGCUGAACCUGGGAGGGGCGCCUGAGGGCCCAGCUGGAACGGGCAAGACAGAGACCUGCAAGGAUCUGGCUAAGGCCGUGGCUAAGCAGUGCGUCGUGUUCAACUGCUCCGACGGGCUGGACUACAGGGCCAUGGGCAAGUUCUUCAAGGGGCUGGCACAGUGCGGAGCGUGGGCGUGCUUCGACGAGUUCAACCGCAUCGAGCUGGAGGUGCUGUCCGUGGUCGCCCAGCAAAUCCAGACGAUCCAGCGAGCGGUGGCCGAGCGGCUGCACAGCUUCGUGUUUGAGGGCACGGAGAUCACGCUCGACUCGUCCUGCUCCAUAUUCAUCACGAUGAACCCCGGCUAUGCCGGCCGUGCCGAGCUCCCGGACAACCUGAAGGUUCUCUUCAGGACGGUGGCCAUGAUGGUGCCAGACUACACUCUCAUCGCUGAGAUCUCCCUCUUCUCCAUGGGCUUUGUGAACGCGCGCAGUCUUGCAGCCAAGGUGGUUGCCACCUACCGCCUGUGCUCAGAACAGCUGUCCUCCCAGCACCACUACGAUUAUGGCAUGCGAGCUGUCAAGUCCGUUCUCACGGCGGCCGGGAACCUGAAGCUGAAAUUCCCUGAGGAGAGCGAGGAGGUCUUGGUGUUGCGCUCCAUCACAGACGUCAAUCUGCCCAAGUUCCUCUCGCACGACAUUGCGCUCUUCAACAGCAUCAUCUCGGACCUCUUCCCUGGGGUGGAUCCCCCGACCCCUGACCACGGGGACCUGGAGGUGGCCAUCAGGGAUGUGAUUGCUCAGCAGCGCCUGGAGCCUGCGCCCUGGUUCAUCACCAAGAUCAUACAAGUUUAUGAGAUGAUGCUGGUGCGCCAUGGCUUCAUGCUGGUGGGAGGCCCUCUUGGAGGCAAGACGAGUGCCCUGAAGGCCUUGGCCGGAGCUCUUGGGGAACUGGAGCGGCGAGGCCUCAUGGGCGAGCGGCGCGUGGACUUCAUCAUCAUUAACCCCAAGGCCCUCAGCAUGGCUCAGCUGUACGGCAGCUUCGACCCCAUCUCUCACGAGUGGACGGACGGCGUUCUGGCCACCGCUUUCCGGGCCCAUGCGAGCAGCGUGACGGGCGAGAGGAAGUGGUGCGUGUUCGACGGCCCCGUCGAUGCCGAGUGGAUCGAGAACAUGAACACGGUCCUCGACGACAACAAAAAGCUGUGCUUGAUGAGCGGAGAGAUCAUCCAGAUGACACCGCACCAGAACAUGAUCUUUGAGGUGCUGGACUUGGAGCAGGCCUCACCAGCUACUGUGAGCAGGUGUGGAAUGAUCUACAUGGAGCCGACAGAUCUGGGCUGGCAGCCGCUUGUGCAGUCGUGGCUCAGAACUGAGCUCCCAGCGGCACUGAGCCAGCAGCACAGAGCCACUGUGAAACUGCUGUUCGAGUGGCUGCUGCCUGCGUGCCUCGAGUACGGGGAGAAGCAAUGCAGGGCCGUCGUGAAAACGUCCCGCAUGCACGUGACGGCCUCCCUCCUCUCCCUCUACUCGUGCCUGCUGGAGGACCUCAAGCUCCAGGAUGGGGAGUCCAGGACAGGCGAGGAGGAGGAGGAGGAGGAAGAAGAAGAGGAUGGAGUGGAAGAGCAGGGAGGUGCGAUGAAGGGAAGCCGGAUGCCGGUGGGGCGGAGGGGAACUGCGGCGGCGGCAGCGGCGGCAGCGGCCCGUCUCGCCGAGGAGCGCACCGCCCUCCUCACCGCCCACUUCCUCUUCGCCGUGGUGUGGGCCGUCGGCGGAGUCCUGGACCGGCCCUCCAAGGAGAGGUUCAGCGAGUUCUUCCGAAAGCUCUGCGAGCAGGACCCGAGGUACCCCUGCCCGGCGCUACUGAGGCUCCAGCGUGCGCUGCUCAUGCCCAAGACGUCAAGCGUCUUCGGCUUCGUGUACCGGCAGCAGCAGCAGCAGCAGGCCUCCUCCUGGGCGUGGAGCCCGUGGAAGGAUCUGGUGCUGCCCUUCCACGUGGGCGAUCAGCUCGAGCCAAGCGAGGUGCUGGUCGGCACGGCUGAGACGGCGCGAUUGGGCUUCUUCCUCGAGACGGUCCCACGCCGCGGCCGGCCGCUGCUGCUGGUGGGGCCGCCCGGCACGGGCAAGACGUGGGGCACGCGGGCCUUCCUGCGAGCCCUCCCCAGCGAGAGCCACGUGGCCUGCGAGCUGGCGUUCUCGGCGCACACGAGCGCCGUGCACACUCAGGACAGCAUCCUCGCUAAGCUGGAGAGACGCAAGAAAGACAUCUACGGUCCCCUGCUGGGCAAGAGGAUGAUCGUGUUUGUGGACGACCUGAACAUGCCUGCGAAGGGCCAGUAUGGAGCGCAGCCGCCCAUCGAGCUGCUGAGGCAGUGGAUUGACCACGGCUACUGGUUCGACAGGCAAACAGGUGGAGAGGUGCAUCUGCAGGACACGGCGGUGGUGGCUGCCAUGGCCCCCGUGGGUGGCGGCCGCCACGAGGUCACACCGCGCCUGCUCCGCCACUUCAACGUGCUCGCCAUCGAUGCGUUCUCCGAGGACACCGUGAAGGGCAUCUUUCAGCCGAUCGCCGACUGGCAUUUCAGCCGGGGCUUCGAGACGUCGCUCAAGCGUUUUGCGCGCGUGUUGGUCUGGGCUACCACUGAAGUGUACACAGCAGCUGUGCAAAGCUUCCUGCCUACGCCGUCCAAGUCUCACUACAUAUUCAGCCUCAGAGACUUUGCCAGAGUGGUACAGGGCCUGAUGCUGGUGAAAGCCUCUUGCGUUCCUCUGGGUGACGACGGUGCCAGGAAAUUGAUGCGGUUGUGGGUCCACGAGGUGUACCGCGUCUUCUCUGACCGCCUGGUUGACGCCUCUGACCACCAGCUCUUCUUCACCAUUAUUAAGAACGUGGUGCAGACUCAGUUCAAGGAGAGGAUGAGCAGCCUCUUCGCAAACCUGAUGAGAGGCCGAGAGCUGGGACACAGCGACAUGCGUGGCCUGUUCUUUGGAGACUUCAUGGGUGCCAAGUCGGUAGACGGCCGCAAGCGCGACUACGACGAGAUCGCCGACGUGGAGCGACUCAAGAAGGUGGUGGAGAAGUGCCUGCAGGAGUACAACGCAGCCAGCAAGGCACCGAUGGACCUGGUGCUGUUCCAGUUCGCCAUCGAGCACGUCUCACGCAUCAGCCGCAUUCUGAACAUGCCCAACGGUCACGCCCUCCUCGUCGGGAUUGGCGGGAGCGGGCGGCAGUCGGCCACCAGGCUGGCGGCGUUCCUCGCCGAGCUCGAGCUGUCGCAGGUCUCCGGCCAGAAGUCGUACGCGGUGGCCGAGUGGCGCGAAGAUCUCAAGAGGCUGCUGCGGCGGGCGGGAGAGGAGGGCGUGCCCACCGUGUUCUUGCUCGCCGACCACCAGAUCAAGGAUGAAUCGUUUUUGGAAGAUGUCGGCAUGAUCUUGAACACUGGCGACAUUCCCAACCUCUUUGAAAGUGAUGAAAGGGUACACAUCAUCGAGAAGAUGCAGCAGCUGGUGCAGGCCGAGAACGCGCAGGAGGCGCGAUCCCCGCUGCUGGCUUACGCGAGCUUCGUGCGACGCGUGCGGCAGAACCUGCACGUGGUGCUCGCCUUCAGCCCCAUCGGGGACGCGUUCCGCGACCGUCUGCGCAGCUUCCCGUCGCUCAUCAGCUGCUGCACCAUCGACUGGUUCCAGGCUUGGCCAGAAGAUGCUCUUGAGAAGGUGGCCAAUCAUUUUCUCGACGAUGUGGAGAUGUCCCAGGAGGUGCGGGAUGAGGCCGUGGUCAUGUGCAAGCACUUUCACCAAAGCGUGCGUGCCCUGUCAAAGAGAUUUUACGAGAGCCUCCAGCGCAGGACGUAUGUCACCCCGACCUCCUACCUGGAGCUCAUCAAGACCUUCAAGAGCCUCCUGGAGCGCAAGCGGCUGGAGCUGCUCACCCAGAAGAAUCGCUACGUGGUGGGGCUGGAGAAACUCGACUUUGCUGCCACUCAGAUCGCACUGAUGAAGCAGGAGCUCACAGAGCUGGAACCGCAGCUGAUUGAGAGGAGCAAGGAGACGGAGGAGCUGGUCAACAUCAUUGCCGAUGAGACCCUAGAGGUGGAAGCUGCCAAGGCGGUCGUGGAGUCCGAGGAGGCCACGGCCAAUGCGGCAGCACAGGCCGCUAAGGCCAUCAAGGACGAGUGCCUCGAGAAGCUGAGCAUCGCGACGCCCGCCCUCAACGCUGCCAUCGCUGCGCUCGACACGCUCAAGUCGAGCGACAUCACGCUCGUGAAGACCAUGCAGAACCCGCCGUCCGGAGUGCGGCUCACCCUCGCCGCAAUCUGCGUUCUGAAGGGUAUUAAACCGGAGAAGAAGACCGAUGCGAAUGGCAAGACGGUGGACGAUUACUGGCCAUCGUCCAAGAAAAUGCUGGGAGACAUGAAGUUUUUGGAAUCCCUGAAGGAGUUCGACAAGGACAACAUCCCACCGAAAGUGAUCGCGCAGGUCCGCCGCGACUACAUCGGCAACCCAGAGUUCCAGCCGAACGUGAUCCGUAACGUGUCUUCGGCGUGCGAGGGCCUCUGCAGCUGGGUUCGCGCCACCGAGGUCUACGACAAAGUGGCCAAGAUUGUUGCCCCCAAGAGGGCGCGCCUGGUGGAGGCAGAGGCGGAGUUGGCGCUGCAGAUGGAGCAGCUUGAGGUGAAGCGGGAGGAGCUGCGUGAGGUGAGCGCCAAGCUUGGAGCCCUGCAGGACCGCCUGGCACUCCGCCUCGCCGACAAACAACAGCUGGAGGACAGCAUCCAGCUCACGCGGUUGAAGCUGGUGCGCGCGGAGAAGCUGAUGAGUGGCCUGGGCGGGGAGAAAGAACGCUGGGCAGAGCUGGCAACCGUGCUGCACAGCACCUACCAAAACAUUGUCGGCGAUGUACUCCUAAGCUCUGGGAUCGUGGCAUAUCUGGGGCCGUUCACCCCAGAGUUCAGACAGGAAAUCCUGCGUGAGUGGUACGCCAUGUGCAGAGAGAAGAGCAUCCCCGUCUCCCACGGUUUCUCGCUGGCGGCCACGCUGGGUGACCCCGUGCGCAUCAUGGAGUGGGAGCUGCACGGCCUGCCCAGGGAUAUAUUUUCAGUGGAGAACGCGAUCAUCGUUACGUCGGCGCAGCGCUGGCCACUGAUGAUCGACCCGCAGGUCCAAGCCAACAAGUGGAUCAAGAACAUGGAGAGGGCCAGCAAGCUGCACGUGUGCAAGCUCGCCGACUCCGACUACGCCCGCACACUCAGCAACUGCGUGCAGUUCGGUUACCCCGUGCUCCUGGAGAACGUCCCCGAGGAGCUGGACCCGAUGCUGGACCCCAUCCUGCUGCGGCAGACCUUCCGGCAGGGCGGCGUGGAGUGCGUGCGGCUGGGCGACGCCGUGGUGCAGUACAGCGGCGACUUCCGCCUCUACAUGACCACGCGCCUGCGCAACCCGCACUUCCUGCCGCAGGUUUCCGUCAAGGUGACCCUGCUGAACUUCAUGAUCACACCCCGGGGGCUUGAGGACCAGCUGCUCAGCAUUGUGGCAGCAAGGGAAAAGCCGGAGCUAGAGGAGGCCAAAAAUCAACUCUACCUGGAAGGGGCCCACAAUCGGAAACAGCUGAAAGAGCUGGAAGACCAGAUCUUGGAGGUGCUGUCCACGUCGCAAGGCAACAUUCUUGAGGACGAGACGGCCAUUGCGAUCCUGUCAUCCAGCCGACAGCUGUCCAGCGAGAUUGCCGACAAGCAGGAGGUCACAGUGCGCACCGAGAAGCAGAUCGAUGAAACCCGAAAUGGAUACAAACCCGUGGCGUCACACUCCAGUGUCCUUUUCUUCGUCAUCUCCAACCUGGCGCAUGUGGACCCCAUGUACCAGUACUCGCUGGCAUGGUUCAUCGGGCAGUAUGUGCAGUCCAUCGCUUCCAGCCGGCCCUCCAGUGUCCUGCACGAACGCACUGAGGCCCUCAACAGUCACUUCACUUGCAGCAUCUACACAAACGUGUGCCGCUCACUGUUCGAGAAGGACAAGCUGCUCUUCUCGUUCCUGCUGUGCGUGGGGCUGGCCCGCAGCCGCGGCCGCGUGAGCGACGCCGACUGGCGCUUCCUGCUGACGGGCGGCGUGGCGCUGCCCAGUCCCUCCUCCAACCCUGCGCCGGCCUUGCUCGACAACCGCUCCUGGGCAGAGCUGGCUCGCUGCUCUGACCUCCCCGGCUUCUCCGGUCUUGCGGGGCACUUCUGCGACAACCUGGAUGAGUGGAAGGCCAUUACCAACUCGCCUACCCCCCAUGAGGCCCACCUACCAGAGCCCUGGGGCUCGCGUCUGACUCGCUUCCAACGGCUCCUCAUCCUCCGCUGCAUCCGACCAGACAAGGUGAUCCCGGCCGUGCAGCAGUACAUCGCUGAGGAGAUGGGCGAGCGGUACAUCGAGCCACCGCCCUUCGACCUGGCCCACAGCUUCAGGGACUCGAGUCGCGUCACCCCGCUCGUCUUCGUGCUCUCACCCGGCGCCGAUCCGAUGGCGCUGCUCAUGCACUUUGCUGACGAGCGAGGUAUGGGAGGCUCCAACAUCGAAACGAUAUCUCUGGGCCAAGGCCAGGGACCCAUCGCAGUUCGUAUGAUUGAAAAGGCAGCAAGCGAGGGCACCUGGGUGGUCCUGCAGAACUGCCACCUUGCUGCAAGUUGGCUAUCGGAACUGGAGCGCAUCUGCGAGGAUCGGCUCCUGGAUCCGGACCGAACCCAGAGCGAGUUCCGGCUGUGGCUCACCAGCUACCCGAGCACGCGCUUCCCCGUCUCGGUGCUGGAGAACGGCGUGAAGAUGACCAACGAGUCGCCCAUAGGCCUCCGGGCCAACCUCCUGCGCUCGUUCCUCAAUGACCCCAUCUCCGAUCCUGGCUUCUUCAAUGGAUGCAACAAGCCCACGCCCUGGAAGAAGCUGCUGUUCGGCCUCUGCUUCUUCCACGCACUGGUACAAGAACGUCGAACAUUCGGGUCGCUGGGCUGGAACGUUUCCUACGAGUUCAACGAGUCAGACUUGCGUAUCAGCGCACGGCAGGUUCAGAUGUUUCUCAACGAGUACGAGGAGGUGCCGCUGGAAGCGCUCGCCUACCUGACGGGCGAGUGCAACUACGGCGGGCGCGUCACCGACGAGCACGACCGGCGCCUGCUGCUGGCGCUGCUCGCCACCUUCUACUGCGAGCGCACGGUGCGAGACGACGCCUACCGCUUCUCCCCGACGGGCCGCUACGGUGCCCCGCCGGCCGGCGCCGCCUACGAGUGCCACCUGGAGCACAUCAAGGGCCUGCCGCUGCACGCCCACCCAGAGGUGUUUGGUUUGCACGAGAAUGCCAGCAUUACCAAGGAGCAAAAUGAGACCCAAAGGCUCUUUGAUGGCAUUCUAAAAACACUGCCUCGAGAGACAUCAGGUGGUGGCAAGUCAUCUUCCGACUUUGUACAGGAGCUCGCUACAGACAUUCUCUCCAAGAUACCCCCCAAAUUUGACAUUGAAGAAAUCAAGAGCAAGUUCCCGACCAGCUACAGUGAGUCCAUGCACACGGUGCUGGUGCAGGAGCUCGUGCGCUUCAACGGGCUCACGGGCACUGUGCGCAACAGCCUGCGCAACGUGACGCGCGCCGUCAGCGGCCAGGCCCUCAUGUCGGCCGAGUUGGAGGACAUCUACAGCAGCAUCAUCCUCGGAAAGGUGCCUGCGAUGUGGUCUGCCAAGUCCUAUCCGUCUUUGAAACCCCUGGGAAGCUACGUGUCAGACCUGUUGGCAAGACUGCAAUUUUUCACCGAGUGGAUAGAGAAGGGCGCGCCUUCCGUCUUCUGGAUCUCCGGCUUCUUCUUUACGCAGUCCUUCCUCACAGGCGCCCUCCAGAACUUCGCGCGGAAGCACAAAGUUCCCAUCGACCAACUGGGCUUCCAGUACCACAUCACCGAGCACGAGAAGCACGUGGUGGAGAGGCCUGAUGCUGGCGUUUACAUCACAGGUCUGUUCAUGGAAGGCGGGCGAUGGGACCGAGAGAAGAGAGUCAUCGGAGAGUCCCUGCAAAAGAUUUUAUACGACAGCCUUCCAGUGAUGUGGUUAAAGCCAGUGGAGAGGUCGACAGCUGAAGAAACGUCAACAUACGCAUGCCCAGUGUACAAGACCAGUGCGCGUCGAGGGAUCGUCUCCACCACGGGACACUCCACCAACUACGUGCUCACCGUCAAGUUUCCCACCGACCAGCCGAGCAACCACUGGGUGACCCGUGGGGUGGCAUGCCUUUGCCAACUCGACUACUGAGUCCACCCGCAAGUGCUGUGCCAAAGAAGAAGUUGCUACACACAAAAUGCCCUCCGGCUGUACGUGUGAUCAUCCUUUGCACGAAUACAGCAGUACAAACACUCAGCAAUAUUGGAACAGAAAACAUCUUCUCAUUAUCCUUUGAAGUCAUAACACACCUUUUGCGCAUUCUUUAAAGAAACAGACAAAGAUCCCAUGUAUAACCCAAACAGAUUGUUGGGGAAAGUGCUGUUAGCAAACACUUAUGAAGGCCGGCACGGCACACAAGGGAGUGGGUGG